UCCACUUUUACCUGUUUGAAGAAGCUGUCUUGCACCUCCUCCGGAGACAACUCCAACGUUUCGGGGGUGACUUUCUGCAAGUCGCCUUCAGUUUCGAUGAUCACGUUGAGACAAUGGCACGACAACAUUUUUUUCGCUGUUGAUGAGGACCAGCAGCCCGGUCUUUGUUUACGGAAAUUACGUAACGGGGGCAAAGUGGUGGACACGAGGCGAAUCACAAGACGACAGAAGGCAACACCGGUGCUGGAAAUUCACGGGAAAUUGGGCAAAGUUGAGGGAACAAGGACUGGGAAGACGAGACACAAAGGACGAUGGAUGUGCAUAGAGACCAGCAGCAACGACAUGCGAAUUUCGAUGAGAGAGGGGAGCGGAUGCGUGGUGGGGACGGCGCGGGAUUUAAAGAAAAAGGACACUGUUGGGAAUUUUGGACGCACCAACAUGACGGCUAAAAAGUUUCUAGGAUUUCUACAGAGCGAAGCUACUGAGUGAUCCAGAAUGACUGAUUCGGUUGGCAAUUCUGAUUUUUGUUCUAAGUGAUUGUACUGUAUUUAUUGUAAAAUAAACUUAAAAAACCA